UGAUCAGCUGCAGUGAGCCGUCCGGGCGUGGUAGAUCCCGCAGCGGCCUCGCCGGAGAUCCACCUCCCGCCGCACACGGUGCCCCGAGCAGCCUUUAGGCGGCCGAGGUCACCUGCAUCAAACCCAUUUCUUAGCACCUUCUGAAGAUGUUCCUUGUCAAAAACUUCCUUGGAGGUGGCGGUGGUGGUGGUGGUGGAGGAAAUAUCAAUAUUGGAAAUGUAAUCGGAGGAUUUUUAAGUGGUGGUGGUGGAGGUGGAGGGGGCGGUCAAGGAGGAGGAGCCAUGAAAUUUCUGGGCGGAGUCAUCAAUGCCAUCAGUGAAGCAGCAGCCCAGUAUAACCCAGAACCUCCGCCACCUCGCAGCCAUUUUUCCAACAUCGAAGCCAACGAGAGCGAGGAGGUGCGGCAGUUCCGGAGGCUCUUCACCCAGCUGGCCGGAGAUGACAUGGAAGUAAGUGCAACAGAGCUGAUGAACAUCCUGAACAAAGUGGUGACCAGACAUCCAGACUUGAAGACUGAUGGCUUUGGGAUCGACACCUGCCGCUCCAUGGUGGCUGUGAUGGACAGUGACACCACUGGCAAGCUGGGCUUCGAGGAGUUCAAAUACCUCUGGAACAACAUCAAGAAGUGGCAGUGCAUCUACAAGAAGUACGACGGGGACCGGUCCGGCACCAUUGGAAGCGGGGAGCUCCCGGGAGCUUUUGAGGCUGCAGGCUUCCAGCUCAACGAGCAGCUGUACAGCAUGAUUGUCCGCAGGUAUUCUGAUGAGAACAGGAACAUGGACUUUGACAACUUCAUCAGCUGCCUCGUGCGCCUGGAUGCCAUGUUCCGAGCCUUCAAAUCUUUGGACAGAGAUGGCAGCGGGCAAAUCCGUGUGACUCUGAAGGAGUGGCUGCAGCUCACCAUGUAUUCCUAAGGGUCUCCAGGCCAUCAGCAAGACCACCUUUUCCUCUGCCGUCACUGAGCCUCUCCUGGAACGAUGGCCUCACCUUUCAUUUGCAGACCUUCUUCCUGGGGAAGCUGAAGGAAUUCUAUUUGGCUGUUCUGCUUCCUCCCCACCCCAAACCAAACAAAGAAACCUGUUGUUGCUUUUUUUUACUCUUCUUUUGGGUUGCGAUUUUUAAUCACCCUUGUAAAACCAACUGCUGAUCAUCCUUUCCAGUAGCUCUUUCCUUGCUAACGCUGCUGCCUUUUGAAAGCACCAAGGGAGGUCUCUUGAAAGGGGCACUUGCUUGCUUUUCCAAACUGUCUUGGUCUUGAAUGUUGCCAUGCAGAUUUGGUGGUUUUUUUUUUUCUUUUUGGCAAGUCUCAUUCUGGAAGAAUCAUGCAGGAUUUUGAGGAGGAAUGCUGCUUAUGAAGCAUCAGUUCCUUGUGAAACCAGGUCACUGGGGGGUGGGGAGUGGAUAGGGUUUUUUUUUUUUUUUGCAAAUUGGGGCCACAAGUGCUCUCUUUAUGGACACUGUGACCUGGUGACCGAUCCUCUGGACUUUCGGCUGUCUUAGUAACCCCCAUCAGUUUUCCUAGGUGAGCCAAAGUGGUUGCAAUAGACAUUGGAUGAGAUUAGCUUGCUUAUCAUUGGCUACCUCCCCCACCCCCAAGGAAAUUGUUUCCCCAUUUUAAAAUCCCCAUAGCACUCUGCAUGGAUGUGAUUUAUAAAAGCAAUAGUUGAGCAGCUAGGGAAACACCACCCCAGCUACUUACAUGAUACUAGAUAUCUGACAGCUUGUUCUUUUUUCUGGAGAUCCAGAGGCUGCUGAUAGAGGCCUGCCCCAGGAUGACUCUUCGAAGUUUGCUUUUGAAUUAUAUUAUCUGAAAAAGCCUCUUUAUUGCACACUGUGUGUCUGCACCAUGCAGAUUUCCAAACAAUGAACUCGUAUCACAAGCCUUUUCUAUGCAUGCAUUUUGAAGGUUGAAAGCAGGGUUUCUCCACCUUGGCCACUUUAAGAUGGGUGGACUUCAACUCCCAGAAUUCCCCAACCAGCCUUGGUGGCUGGGGAAUUCUGGGAGUUAAAGUCCACCCAUCUUAAAGUAGCCCAGGUUGAGAAAUGCUGGUCUAGGGUAUAUGAAACUGCCCAGAGUCGCUUGCUGAGAUGGGGGGUGAAUAAAUGUGAUAAAUAAAAUAAAUAAAUGAAGAGAGCUCAGAAUAAUCAUCACAUUGGCAAGUAUUUCUAGACUUGGUCUCCUUUAAAAUGUGGGUGGAUUAGCCCUAUCAAAUUUGCUUCAGUUUUCCUCUCUCCCACAGGCUAGACAACGAAGUCUGGACAUUGUGGGUUUAUAAGUCCUGACUUCUUCUCUUCUUUAAAGAAUGGGAUGGAACCAGCAUAAUAUUAGGGGCUGUUUAUGCUUCUUUCAGCUGCAAGAAUUUCCCAGAAUGUUUUGGGUCCAGCUUCUCAAAGGCCAACCUUUGGCUUGAUCGUAGUUGAUUAUUUUUUAUUCCCUCUGCCUAAAAUGUAGGAAUCGUGAGGAGGGCUCAUCUUUCAAAAGGGGACUUUUGUAAAUAGGUUCCUUUUGAAACGUCACCCAAUUCUGGCAAAAUGCUUUGCUGGCUCAGAGAGAGAACCUGCUGUGAGAAGAGAAUAUUGUGAUGAAUAUGGCCUUUCCGGUUAUUUGAAGGGCAAUCUGCAAAUGGGGGUGGUUUUCCCUCUUUUCCUGUCUCCCCCCCUGCCCCCCCCCCAAGGCCUCCAGGGUUAGAGGCUGCCUCCAAGCCGGCUGCUCAGUUUUCCAAUAGCUCAUUAGCAACAGGGGUAAAUGUUGCAUAGUAAGAAUCCGCCUGCCUCAGUUGUGUUGUUUGCUCAGCGCCUUCUCCCGCAGAGGGAGGAUUCGGUCUGUUUUAAGGUUGGCACAAUCCACCUCCUGCGGUUGCCCUCCCCUGCACACACCAGUUAUUGGAGGCUCUUCUGUGGACCAAACUCUCCAGCAGGCUCUUCAUGCCCAGGACAGAAGGAUCAAUCACAGCUGGCCUCCUGUCACUGUUUGCAGGGCUCCCAAACUUUCACGAACACUAGCCAGCUGCUAAAGAAUAGUGUCUCUUACCUGCUGUUCUGUCUCAGGUGCGACUGGUUGGGUUCACACAUCCCACUGAGCCGAAGGCAGGCCACCCACACCGUAGCUGAGAAGGCAAUAGGAAUUGGGCUGUUAUGCCAGCAGUCUUUACAACCAGGCGGCCAGAUAACGUUCCGCUGGCUGCAGAAUUCUGGGAGUUGAAGUCCACGCAGCUUAAAGUGGCCAAGGUCAAGAAGCACUGCUCUAAACAAUUCUGGACCUUUGGGGAUAAAACCCCAUCGCUGUUGCAACAGAUGGCAGCGCCUGUUGGAUUUGGCUGAUUUUGGACAAGCUAAGCAGGAGUGGAAUUUGUUAGCCCUGGACUGGGAGACCACCAGGAGAUCCCAGCUGUAAGCCAGAGAGAGCAGAAUAUAGAAACCAUUUCUAUAUUCUUGCCAGUCAUACCUUGUAGACCCCAGGAGUGGAGCUUGACUUGAUGGAGACCGUAACCCUGACUGGGUUACAUGAUUUUCACUGCUGCUCACCGUUGCACCAGGUCUCUGCUGGACCAACAGUGAGCUGGUUCGCACGGAGCGCUAAGCCAAGAUCAAAGUGCAUUUGGAGUUGUGAUGGGUGAAGCUUAUUCCCGAGCACCCUGUUCUUGAAUUAUUAUUAAUUAGAUUUAUAUACUGCC